AUGGCUAUCUUGAUAAAUGUCUCUCGUCCACAGAAGCUGAUGACUUGGAUUGGCGCUAUUGUAUUUUCUUUGUUCUCGAUUCUCCAAUUCUGUGAACUUAUGAGCAAGAAGUAUGAUCCUAACCAGCCCCAAACGGAAAUGAUCAUCGAGCUCAUUCGUCGAUUCGUCAUGCUCUUCAUCUCCAUAAUUGUGUUCGUCGGAUUCCUCACCGAACAGAAAGUUAUCAUGACAAUCCACAUUUUGUUCAUGGCCUCUCCUUGCCAUUCCGAUCACCACACUAAUAUUCUUUUUUUUAUAGAAUCGCUUGAAGGAGGACCAAUGCUGAUCAAUAAUGAAGGAGCUAAGUGUAUCAAUAUUGAAGGAGUUAUGUGUGUCAACAUGGAAACUAUUCUUGCUAUCUUCCUCCUCUAUAUAAUUUCUACGAGAUUUAAGCUGAAGCCGGUUAUGACUAUCAAAACGAAGGUCUCUCAUCCACAGAAGAUUGAAAAGGAUACAGAUAUGACUGCGAUCAAACUUGGUGUGCUCUUUGCUCAAGCAUUCUUCUUGUUUAUCCAAAUCUGGACACUUCCUCAUAUCCAGUUUGAAAAGAAGACCCAGCUCAUUCCUCGAUUCACCAUGCCCUUUGCCUCCGCCAUUGUGUUCAUCGGAUUCCUCACCAAGAAGAACAUUAUCAUGGCAAUCUACAUUGGGUUCCUGACCUCUCUUCUGGCCGUGCCGAUCACUACACUGUUUGCAACAGCUUUCUCCUUUUUCAAAUCGCUUGAAGAAGGAGCUGUGUUUAUCAAUACGGAAGGAGCUAUGUGUAUCAAUAUUGAAGGAGCUAUGUGUCUCAAGGUGGACACUAUCGUUUCUAUCUUCUUCAUGUCUUUCUGCAACCUAGUCUACAUCGCUUUCUGCUGCAGUUUGCUCACCGAUAUCACAUAUGGUAAUCCGGGAACCCUCCCAUACACCUCCAAAAUGCACAAAUCCUCCCGAGAUAGUGAGAAGCUGAUCUACCCCAAGAUCUGA